AGAAGACACUCAAUGGAAGAAGACAACCACACGGUCAUAUCCCAAUUCCUUCUUCUUGGCCUCUCAGAGGACCGAGAUCUACAGCCCAUCCUCUUUGGACUGUUCCUGUCCAUGUACCUGGUCACAGUGCUUGGGAACCUGCUCAUCAUCCUGGCUGUCAGUUCUGAGUCCCACCUCCACACCCCCAUGUACUUCUUCCUCGCCAACCUGUCCUUUGUAGACAUCUGUUUCACCUCUACCAUGGUCCCCAAGAUGCUGGUGAACAUCCAUUCACAGAGCAAAGGCAUCUCCUACAUAGACUGUUUCACUCAAGUGUACUUUUCUAUGUUUUUUGCUGGAAUAGAUGAUUUCCUUCUGACUGUGAUGGCCUUUGACCGCUUUGUGGCCAUCUGCCACCCCCUGAACUACACAGUCAUCAUGAAUCCUCAGCUCUGUGUCCUGCUGGUUCUGAUGUCUUGGAUCAUCAUGUUCUGUUUCUCCCUGAUUCAUGUUGUACUGCUGAAGCAACUGACCUUCUCCAUAGUCACUGAAAUCCCACAUUUCUUCUGUGAGGUGGCUCAGCUUUACAAGGUUUCCAGCUCUGAUACCCUCAUCAGUAUCAUCAUUAUGUAUGUUUCAACUGCCCUGGUGGUUGUGUUUCCUGUCACUGGGAUCCUCUACUCCUACUCUCAGAUUGUCUCCACCUUAAUGAGGAUGUCCUCUGUGAACAAGUAUAAAGCAUUUUCCACCUGUGGGUCCCACCUCUGUGUGGUCUCCUUGUUCUAUGGAACAGCACUUGGGGUUUACCUCAGUUCUGCUGUGACCCGUUCUCCACAGGGAAGCACAAUUGCCUCAGUGAUGUACACUGUGGUCACCCCCAUGCUGAACCCCUUCAUCUACAGCCUGAGGAACAAGGAUGUGAAGGGGGCCCUGGGGAGACUCCUCAGCAGAGAUGGAUCACUCACCUCAGAACUAAGGGGAUGUUGUCUGCCCCUAUGUCAAAUGAUGUGA